AGGAGCUUUUCAUACUCUAUACUUCUUUUUUCCCCCUUAAUUGGUUGCACACUUCAACUUGCGGUGAAUGAUCUCUUGCUCCCAUGAGGAAUCUCUCAAUAAUGCUCACACCUACCAUUUCCUUCUUCUGCAUAUUCUCUCUUCUUUAUCAUAUCACGGUAGAUUCUUCGACACCUUAUCCUUACAUAGCGGCUGAUAAUAUUCUCGUCGACUGUGGCAGUUCAAGCAAAUCGACGGGUAAUGAUGGCCGCGACUGGAUUGGAGACAUUGGCUCCAAGUUUUUUCCCUCAGAAGAAGAUAAUCUCAAAUCUAAUACCUUUCAAGUUCCAAAAGAAGGGGUCGUCAACAAAGCCCCAUUCACGACUGCACGUAUAUCUUAUUCUGAAUUCACAUACGUGUUUCCAGUCACCGAUGGCCCGAAAUUCGUUCGGUUGCACUUUCACCCUGCCUCUUACUCAGGUUUUGAAAGGUCUAAGGACUUUUUCACUGUCAAAUCAGGUUCAUUCACCUUACUUAGAAACUUCAGUGCUUCCGUUCUUGCUGGUUCUUUGCAGGAAAAGUUUUUUUUCAAAGAGUUCUGCAUCAGCGUCGAAAAAAAAUUGAACUUAACCUUCAUCCCUUUUUCAACUGCUUUCUAUGCUUUCAUUAAUGGAAUUGAGAUUGUUUCCAUGCCUAAAAACUUGUACUACUAUAGUCAAGAAGAUCAAAGUGAAGAGAAAGUCCCUGUUUAUGUCGGCCAAUUUACUCCGUUCUACAUAAACUACACCAGGGCACUCGAGAUGGUUUGUCGAUUGAACGUGGGUGGGAGCUUGAUACGACCGACUGAAGACACUGGCUUCUUCAGAGAAUGGUCCCCAGACACCAAGUAUUUCAAUUCUCCAGGCAUAAUACCUACGAAUGCAUCUUUUAUACCCAAAUACUCAAAAAUAAUGAAUUAUACUGCACCAGAUGCAAUCUAUUGGUCUACAAUGUCACUGGGUAUAAACAAGGACAAGAACUUGCAGUCUAAUUUGACGUGGGAAUUACCUGUUGAUUUGGGAUUUUUUUACCUGGUGAGGCUCCAUUUCUGUGAAAUAGAUCCAGGAAUAAGCUACGCUGGCGAAAGGCGGUUUGGAAUCUAUAUUGACUAUCAGACGGCUGAUGCAGAUGCUGAUGUAAUGUCAUGGACUGACGAGAAAAUAUAUACGCCUAUUUACAAAGACUACGUAGUAAUGAUGAAAAACAAGGGAGUUGAUGGGGAGAAGCAGCAUAUUUUCUCCAUUGAUCUACACCCUAGAGAAGACUCUCUCGCCCAAGAUGCUUUUUUAAACGGUAUGGAAGUGUUCAAGCUGAGCGACUCAGAUGGUAACCUUGCAGGAACUAGUGAAAUCCUGCCCUCUCUACCUGCUGCCCCGACAACCAAGGAGUCCAAAACAAAAAAAACAAUAUUCAUUGCCAUUGGAAGUGGUGUGGGCUUCUUAGUGGUACUCACUUCAGUGUGCUGCAUGGUUCUAUGGAAACUAAGCAAGUCCAGGCGCUAUGGUUCAUACCAUCCACUAUCAAAGUACUGGUGCUGGGGUGAUCCAUACAAAGGAAAGUCAGCAAGGACAAAGGCCUCAUCAUUGCCCGACGAAGUAUGCCGCAAUUUCUCACUAGACGAUAUCAGAAUAGCAACCAACAACUUCAAUGAAGAGCUAAUUAUCGGUCGAGGUGGUUUUGGCAAUGUAUAUAAGGGUUUGAUUGACGAUGGCACCAUGGCUGUGGCAAUCAAGUGCUUGAACCCCGAAUCUCGACAAGGUGCUCGAGAGUUUAAGACUGAGAUCGAGAUGCUUUCUCAACUUCGCCAUGGCCACCUCGUCUCUCUAAUUGGAUAUAGCAACGAUGGGGGUGAGAUGGUCCUCGUCUAUGAAUACAUGCCGAAUGGGACCCUUAGUGAGCAUCUCUUCAACACCAAAAACGAUCCUCUUACGUGGAAACAAAGGCUUGAUAUAUGCAUAGGUGCGGCAAGUGGUUUGCACUACCUCCACACGUGUAUGAAGAACCCUGUCAUCCAUCGUGAUGUGAAGGCCACCAAUAUUCUAUUGGAUGACAAAAUGGGGGCUAAGGUUUCGGAUUUUGGGUUGUCCAAAAUGGGUUUGAAUCAAACCGCUGUUAGUACCGUAGUUAAAGGUACAUUGGGAUAUUUGGAUCCAGAUUAUGCAAGGCGUAAUCAAGUGACCGAUAAAUCUGAUGUGUACUCAUUUGGUGUGGUAUUGUUCGAAGUGCUAUGUGGCCGAAAGGCACUCGAUCAAAAAUUCGGUCAAGAGCAAUUGCAUCUAGCCAACUGGGCUCGGAAAUGCAUUGAAAAAGGGACCAUUUAUGAGAUCAUUGAUCCAUAUCUAAAGGGGAAGAUUGCUCCAGAGUGUUUCAAGGUCUUCGUGGAGGUCGCAGAGAAUUGUGUUCGUGAUCAGGGGAUCGAACGGCCUACAAUGAACGAUGUGAUGGAAAGGCUCGAGUUUGCAUUGGAGUUGCAACAGAAUGCGGACGCAACACAGGAGGAAAUCAAUCCUCGUGGUGAUUUUACCUAUCAAGAGGUGUUAUCAUUUCGUGCUUCUGGUCGUACUACUGGUGCUGGUGCUGGUGCUCCUCAACACAACAACAACGUUUACAAUAUUGGACCCGUGUUGGAAUCGGAUACUAGCUAUCCAAGUCUUGAUUCUGAAAGUGUCACUGUCACAAGUCGAGAUGUCUUCACAGAGAACUCGAACAUCACAACUUAAGUUUCUUAUACGUAUUUCUAGAGUGUGGAAUAGACCUAGGACAAAGCUAUGACUAAGCAAAAAUAAUCUCAUAGGAACUACUUUCUCAGGUGCGUUGUAAGAUGUGCAUGAUCCAAGUCGUUUGUCUAUCAGUUUUUGCCUUUUCAGGCUAUGUUUGAGUAUUGCAUUUUUGCUUUGUACGCAUGACAAUGUAUUUAGUGAUAAUCUAAUGCAUUAUGUGGGUUGUGGAAUGUGGAGUA